AUGGGCUCCAGAGCCGACGAGGCAGAUGACUCGCCCCUUCAAUGCGGUGCGGACGCAGCAAAACACUUCGCUUUUGCCGAUGGCUACAGAAACCUGAACCACGGCUCCUACGGCACGUAUCCCAAGGAGGUCCGCUCUGUCCUUCGGGACUUUCAGGAAAGAGUAGAAGCCCGUCCUGACAAUUUCAUCCGCCAUGAAUACCGGACUGGUCUGCUCGACAAGUCCAGAGCCGCUAUCGCAGACUACCUUGGGAUUCCACCCAACUCAUGUGCUCUUGUUCCAAAUGCGACGACAGGCGUGGAGACUGUCCUUCGAAACCUGGUGUUUGAGGAAGGGGAAGUGAUGAUCUGCUUCCCAGACGUCUACCCUGCGUUCGCCAACACGAUGGACUAUCUCUCGAAACGAAGUCCUCUCGAAUUCCGCCAGAUCGAUUACACGCUGCCGGUAUCUGACGAUCAUGUCUGUGAGAUGUUAGAGAACACCAUCAAUGCGAUCAAGUCGCAGAACAAGAGGCCCAAAGUCGCCCUCUUCGACACCAUCUCUUCAAUUCCUGGUGCACGGAUGCCAUUCGAGCGUCUCACGGCAAUCUGCAGAUCCAACAACGUACUCGCGUUAAUCGACGGCGCACACAGCGCCGGCCAAAUACCCUUGGACCUGAACGCACUCGAUCCGGACUUCUUCGUCUCGAACCUUCACAAGUGGGGAUACGUUCCUCGCGGGUGCGCCGUUCUCUAUGUGCCGGAACGCAACCACCACAUAAUGAAAACGACGUUACCCACAAGUUUUGGUUAUGGCGCAUCGUUCGCCAACAACUUCUCGGACACUGGAACCUUGGAUAACACACCUUACAUUUGCGUUCCUGCGGCCUUGAAUUGGCGGAAAAGACUCAUGUGGGGUGACAAGAAGGGGGAUGAAGCUGUCAAGGCGUAUCUCCCUUACCUUGCUCGAGAAGGCGGAGCAGCUGUGGCGAAGUAUCUCGGUACAGAGGUCCUAGAGAACGACGAGAGGACGCUUGGGAACUGCAGUCUCACCAACGUGCGGUUGCCGCUGUCAGUCGAUGGCAUUACUGGAGGAGACUCUGUCAAGGUGGAGAAGAUCACGGCAUGGAUGAUGCGACAUAUGAUUGAAGAGAACGAGACUGCAGUGUAUGUGUACUCGUAUGGUGGCAACUGGUGGGUGCGGUUGAGCGCGCAGGUGUAUCUUACGAAGGACGAUUUUAUGCAUGCCGCGAAGAUGCUUGAGAAGACGUGUCAGAGGGUGAAGGAUGGGUCGUGGCAGGGGAAGGAUGUGAAUAUGGACGCUGUCCGGCUGGCCGAGCAGUAG